AUGUCACCAGUUGUCCAGGUGUUCUUCCGUGCAGGUACAGUCGCCAAAAUGGAAGAGCUACGAGAUGCUGCUCUCGCUAAGAUGAUCGUAAAGCUCCAGUGCGCUGUUCGUUGCUAUUUGGCACAGUGUCACUACCAACAAUUACUGCAACAACAAGAAGCCUACGGAUUAAUUCAAAGGAACGUGCGACAGUGGACUACAUUGAGAUUGUGGCCGUGGUAUCGGCUGUUUAUCCGUUUGAGACCUAUGCUCAAAGGAAUGAAGUCAAACGCAGAAGUGGAGGCUCUAGAAAGGAAAGUCAAGGAACUCGAGGAAAGCUCAAAGAAUGGAGAAGUCGAGCGGAAACGAUUUGAAGAGGAAUUGCGCGUGAAAACCGAGCAAUACGAGGAGAGUCGAGCAGCACUGGAUCGCGAGCGUAUGCUGAUGGAAAAGCGCAAUCAAGAAAUUGAAGAGCUCUACAAAUCACUGAAAGCCGAAACAGAGAAGUUUGAAGAGGAGGCUCGAAGGGCAAAAGAAUUGGAGAAGGAAAAAGCGAAGGAGCAGAAGGAAUGGGCAGAAAAGGUCAUCUUUGUUGACCACAUAUUCAAAAGUUAUGACUCUCGAGAGCCGUACCUUGCAGGAAAGAAUCAAGAAAAGCGAAUGCAAAUGGAAGCUGAGGCCGAGGCGGCCCGUGCGAAGCAGCUCAACAAUGCCCUUACGGCUGAACUGAAAUCUCACCGCGCGGAAAAUCAGAAACUGUUGGAUCAAAGAAAAGCUCAGGAAAUGGAGAAUAUCGAGCUGACGGAUCGGCUACACACCUUACAGGAAAAAUACGACAGGGCAGAAACUCAUAGAAAUCGAUUACAAGAGGACAUGGAGAAGUUUGAGGAGAAGUAUCUCGCCGAGCAAAGGCAGAAAGAUGAUUUGGCUAAAGCGAACAAAAAGCUAGAAAAUCACUUGAAAACGAUCCAGCAACAACUUACUCUGCUCCAACACGAAAAGCACUCGCUCGAUCUUGAUUCGAAACGGAAGGAAGAAGAUAUCGGCCAAUUGAAGACGCGUGCCGCUAACGACGCAAAUCUGAUCGCUAAACUCAAGGCAAACAUACGGCGGCUCAUCGACCGCAUUCAGGAGCUCGAAGAUGAUUUAGACUUGGAGAAGAAGUCUAGGUGUAAGGCUGAUCACCAACGCAUCGAAAUGCAAACGGAACUGGAAGCACUGCAAUGCCAGAUGGAAGAGGUCACCGGUCAGCUCACCGUCCAGGUGCACAUCAACAGGAUUCACGCCGAAGAGUUGGCAAAUUUACAACGAGAAAUCGAACUGAAAAACAUAAGUCGCCAAUCGUAUAUCGCUGACAUCUGCUCAAUGCAAUAUUCGACAGUUAACAAUUUGAGAACACUCAGUAAGCAGGCUGCUAAUCUGGAAUCGGAAGCGGGCCGUGUUCUAUCUGCUCGCCAUUCGAUACAGAACCUGGCAGGGGUGCCGCGUGUCUACCUGGACUCGGCCGAUUCGGAGGAUGAAGAAAGCUCGAUCUAA